AUGGUAGUAAUAAUAAUAACAAUAAAUAAUAGCAACAAUAAUAACAAUAAUGAUAGCAAUAAUAACGAUAAUAACAACAAUAAUAGUAAUAAUGAUAACAAUGGUAAUAAUAGUAACAAUAAUAAUGACAAUAAUGGUAAUAAUAAUGACGAUAAUAACAAUAAUAGUAAUAAUGUAAUAGUAAUGUGA